CAGCGACCUCACGCUGUGUCCGUCCCUCUCUCCACCGCAGGCCUUGUACGAGCGCUGUGACCGGCUGAGGCCCAGCCUGUUCCGUCUGGCCAGCGACACGACGGACGACGACGCUGCUCUGGCGCAGGUCCUGGCGGCCAACGACGAUAUUACGCUCGUAGUUAACGCCUACAAAGACCAGGUGGGGAAAAGAGAGUCCAACGGUGGAAGAGAGAGAAGAAGCGAAGAAGAAGCGAGGAGUAAAAACAGCGCUCCUCCGAGUCCCAGAGAGAUUAAAUGUUACCACCUCAUCGACCUGUCGGUUCUAGAUUCUCCUCAGACUCACAGAAAAUCUGAUUCACCUCCGUCCUUUGACUCUUCUCCUCUGUAUCUCUCCUCUCACCUGGACAACACCUCACACCCUGUACCCGACUCCUCGGACUCAGAGUUUGAUAAAAAGGCCUCGAAACAGGAGACCACGAAGUCGUAUUAUGAGGAAGUGAUGCAGCUUAAUGAAGAUGUUCAGAAGAGGAACGCCGAGCAGAGCGGAGGGAGAGGACCUCUGCUGAGAGCUCGAGGAUGUGGAGGCAGCAGCAUCGGAUCGAACGGGACAAACACUUGGUCUUUCUCUCAAAAUCAACAGUUCAGUGGCUCAGGAUCAAAUUACAAGACACCAACUGAAGUGUCCGCAGAGACAGUUUGUCCUCCACUGCUACUGAAACACGUCUUCGUGCCAAUGGACACCAUCAAAUCCAGUCAGCUGGAGCCGAUCACUUUAUUCGAUCAGGGCGGCGUCCACAUCUCUCUUCAUUUUGCCAGAAACUCUCCGGUGGGUCAUCCGGGUGUCGCUGUGGUCGUCAUCUCCGCCGUGAACACGUCCACCCUCGACGUUAGAGACUUCCUGUUUCAAGCUGCUGUUCCCAAGACCAUGUUGGUGAAACUUCAACCUGCCUCUGGGACGCACCUCCCUCCAUACAACCCCCUCCUGCCUCCGCCUGCCACCUCCCAGGUCCUCCUGCUGGCCAAUCCUCAGAAG